AUCUACGGCAAAAAGUGAGUGACGUCAUAUUCAAUAGUCACUAGGAGACGGUGUAUACAGACCACGUUGCUAUGGAAACAUGGACACUCUACGUUUAGCAUAAGUGCAGUUUAAUAAUAAAAAUAUAAUAAUAAUAAAACAAAAACAUACACAAUCCACAAUUUAUACCAAGUAGGAUCCAAAUCCUGGUCUGUUUAAAGUUUGUUCUCCCAGGACAGAAUUUACAGGGAUGCCUCUUCCAGACAGGAUGUACUGCGCUCAGCAGAUCAACAUCCCGUCCGAGCUGCCCGAUAUCCUCAAACAGUUCACUAAAGAUGCUAUUAGGACUCAGCCUCCAGAUGUGCUGCAGUGGUCUGCUGCCUAUUUCACAGCGCUAUCAGAAGGCAAACCUCUUCCAGUCAAAGACAGGCUGGAAAUGUCUUUAAACCCACAGAAGACAGUGAAUGUCCUUACUCCAGGUCUCCUCAAAGUCCUUCAUAAACAGCUUUCAUCCCAGAAGAAUGUCAGUAAAGAGGAGUUAGAGCAGAAGUGGAAAGGCCUGUGUCUGUCAGAGGAACAGCUCGACAUGCUGCUCACGGUCGGGAGCUUCAGCACUAAGAUCGACUGGAUGCAGUUCUUCGCUUUAGGCUGCAGUGCUUUGGUUGGAAACAUCAUCGGUGCUAUGAAGUUUGCGUGUGAAAUCCUGACCGAGGAUCCGGAGGGCGGAGCAGCUCGAAUCCCCUUUGACACCUUCACACACCUGUACACGUACCUGGCCCAGCUGGACGAAGAAAUUCCUCAGGACCAGAUAGACAGCUUUCUGUCCAGCCUGCAAAAGCCUGUGGCACGGCGAGGUGGGAUGAUCCAGCCCACUGAUUUCACUAACCUCCAUGGCUAAAGGUGCGAGUGAAAAACUGAGAACAGAUGGCUUUUAGAUUCAACCUUUAACCUCAGCUUAUGUAACUGCACUAAUGAUGCAGCAGGAUUCAGAGUUUAAUCUUAUAAAGCCUGGGUAUAUUUUAGAUUUUUGGUGUCUUCAACUCUACACAUACACUACGUACUAUAAAAUAUAAAAAAUAACAUGCAGGAAAAUUGGCAAUUUUUGUUUAGACACAUUUUGUGAACUCCAUAAUUGAUUUAAAUGAAAAAAACAGAAAGAAAACUGGACUACAGGGUGCUUUGUUAUUAUUAUUAUUUAGUAUUAUAACUAAAGUAAUUUUCCUAUAACAGCAUGACCCAAAGUUGUUUUCCACACUGGAGACCUCUUCCAUACAUGUUAAUUAAACACCCACUCACUUUAAGAAAGCAUCAAAAGAUAAAAAAAAGAAAUCUAUUUAUCUGAGGAGAGUCCACGGUCCGAAUCGUUGUGAAUGAGCUCUUGCUAUAGAAACGAUACCGUAUCAGGAUGUGAUAUAAACAGGAUGUGAUUUGGAGCUGUGUAACUGUCAGAGCUGGUAUAGAAAUGAAUCAGUACCAUCUGACCAAUCAGAAUCCAGAAUUUAGUCUCACUGUGGUGUAUAUUAAGUUACUACCUGCCAGUAAUACAAUAAAUGUACAUUUUUCACACUGUAUAAUAAUUUAUUUGUGAGGUUGGGAUUGAUUUAAGUUACAAAGUGUUAAAGGUGAAUACAUUUUACAUCUAUUUUAAUAAAGAUUAUUCCUGUUGAAGAA